UGUAAUUAAGAGACUUAAACAAAUAAACAAAAAUGGAUUGUGUGGAUCUCAGCUUUAAAAGAUAAUUCAAUCUAAAUGAAAACUGGCCCCAGGGCCCUUGCUCUGCCUCCAGUCUUGAGGUCUUAACAGCUUGAACUAUUUCUGCCAUUUCUGAGUAAAAGAGGAAGUUGUAGUGAAUAUAAUCAGUGAAGACGUUUGUCAUUUUCACACUCAAACAUCUUCAGUGUUACAGUAGAGCACUUGAUCUCUUUACUAGCAGGAAAUUAAUAAGGAUUCAUUUGAUUUUUCAACAGUCUUCUCUGGCUGAAUAAACAUCAAGGAUGGAAACAGCUGUGAAGUUCAUUCUCAUUAGUUGUCUGAUAAAAGAUGUUUUGUGUGUCUUCAGUAUCAAUCUGCCAGCGAGGAUAGAAGCUCUAGAAGGAUCCUGUGUUUUCAUACCCUGCACUUUUGAUAUUGACCAAUCUUAUCAAUAUUACCUCACUGAUGCAACACGAAUAUGGAUAAAAAAAAAGGAUAUUAUUAUUAUUCAGAUUAUGUAGCGUUUGACUCCAGUAGUCCCAGUACAGGAAAUCUCAAAGGGGAAAUUUUUGGCAAACCAGCAGAUAAAAACUGCACCACCCGCUUUGAUGAUGUCAGUCUGUCUAACAGCGGUGAAUAUUACUUCAGAAUUGAAGGCAGAUAUGAUCUGAAAUAUAGCUAUAAAAAAGAAGUUCAAAUUAGUGUCACAGCGUCUCCAUCUAAACCCACAGUGCAGUUGUAUAAUGAUCAGAUGGAGGUCAAAGUUCAUCAGGAGGUGAUGGAGGACGGUUCUGUGAUUCUGCGCUGCUCUGCUAACAUCUACUGCCCCUUUAAUCCACCAACUCUCACAUGGAGCUCCUCCUCUAACACACUCAUCCUCAAUGAACAGCAACAUCAGGACCAAACGAAACUCAUCUCUGAUCUGAACUUCACUAUAACUCAUCUUCAUCAUGGAGUCAGUUUCACCUGCACUAUAAAAUACCAGCUGAAGAACCAGACCAGAACAGAACAGGCGUCCCGUACACUACAUGUUCAGUAUGCUCCUAAAAACACAUCAGUGACUGUAAAUCCGUCUGGUUCUGUGUUGGAGGGUCGUUCAGUGACUCUGACCUGCAUCAGUGAUGGAAACCCAGUAAACUACAGCUGGUACAGAGACACUGAAGAACACCUGAAACACCUGCAGACUGGUCAAAAUCUCACCAUCAUUAAAACCGACCCGACACACAGUGGCCGAUACUACUGUACAGCUCAGAAUCAAUACGGCACCCAAAACUCAUCUGUACUGCUGGACAUUCAGUAUGCUCCUAAAAACACAUCAGUGACUAUAAAUCCGUCUGGUUCUGUGUUGGAGGGUCGUUCAGUGACUCUGACCUGCAUCAGUGAUGGAAACCCAGAUGUGAGUUACAGCUGGUACAGAGACACUGAAGAACACCUGAAAUACCUGCAGACUGGAGACACUCUUGACAUCGUGAAGACCGACCCGACACACAGUGGCCGAUACUACUGUACAGCUGAAAACAAACAUGGAGAACAAAACUCAUCUGUACUGCUGGAUAUUCAGUAUGCUCCUAAAAACACAUCAGUGACUGUAAAUCCGUCUGGUUCUGUGUUGGAGGGUCGUUCAGUGACUCUGACCUGCAUCAGUGAUGGAAACCCAGUAAACUACAGCUGGUACAGAGACACUGAAGAACACCUGAAACACCUGCAGACUGGUCAAAAUCUCACCAUCAUUAAAACCGACCCGACACACAUUGGCCGAUACUACUGUACAGCUGAAAACAAACAUGGAGAACAAAACUCAUCUGUACUGCUGGACAUUCAGUAUGCUCCUAAAAACACAUCAGUGACUGUAAAUCCGUCUGGUUCUGUGUUGGAGGGUCGUUCAGUGACUCUGACCUGCAUCAGUGAUGGAAACCCAGAUGUGAGUUACAGCUGGUACAGAGACACUGAAGAACACCUGAAACACCUGCAGACUGGAGACACUCUUGACAUCAUGAAGACCGACCCGACACACAGUGGCCGAUACUACUGUACAGCUCAGAAUCAAUACGGCACCCAAAACUCAUCUGUACUGCUGGACAUUCAGUAUGCUCCUAAAUACACAUCAGUGACUGUAAAUCCAUCUGGUUCUGUGUUGGAGGGUCGUUCAGUGACUCUGACCUGCAUCAGUGAUGGAAACCCAGUAAACUACAGCUGGUACAGAGACACUGAAGAACACCUGAAACACCUGCAGACUGGUCAAAAUCUCACCAUCAUUAAAACCGACCCGACACACAGUGGCCGAUACUACUGUACAGCUCAGAAUCAAUACGGCACCCAAAACUCAUCUGUACUGCUGGACAUUCAGUAUGCUCCUAAAAACACGUCAGUAACUGUAAAUCCAUCCGGUUCUGUGUUGGAGGGCCGUUCAGUGACUCUGACCUGCAUCAGUGAUGGAAAUCCACCAGCGUUCAACUACACCUGGUACAGAAACACUGAAGAACACCUGGAACAUCUACAGACUGGAAAAAAUCUCACCAUUAAUACAACUGACAUGACACACAGUGAACGAUAUUACUGUACAGCUCAGAACAAACAUGGAGAACAAAACUCAAGCAAUGUCAUUCUGAAUGUUACUUAUGCACCUAAAAUCUCCAACUCCUCUUGUAAACGAAGUGAUGUAAUCGUGUGUGUCUGUGAGGUUCGUGGAAAUCCGUCUCCUACACUGGAGUGGCGUCUGUCUGGACGUCCCAUUAUUAACUCUACGGAGACACCCAUCAGUGAAGAGCAAUUUAAGAACACAAGCUUGAGGAGCGUCCUCACCAUCCGUCAGUCAUUCAAAGACACGCCCACUCCACAUUGUGUCAGCACUAACACUCAUGGCACUGCCAGCCAACAGUUUCAGCUGCUUCUAACUCCACAGAAUCCUCAAGGUUUCCAUCAUCCCUCACUGCUGGUUGGAGUUGCUAUUGGCGCAUCAGUGAUGAUGCUCUUUUGCAUCAUGACACUCUUCUGCAUACGAAGAAAGAACUUCAAACCAUCACAGACUAGACAAGAAGAUAACACCGGACUCAUUCUGACUCAAAGAGCUGCUGUACAGGACGAAGAAGAAGGAGAGUUUGUAUAUGCCAAUAAAGUCAUGUCACAUGGUCAAGAUGUCACUCAAGAAUCUCUCCAUUAUUCCUCUAUUGACUUCACAAACGCUGAACCAGCGUCAGGAGAGAUCAUCGGCCUCUCAUCUCUGACGACCGAAUACUCCGUGAUCCAGCAUCAUUCUGCAGGAGAAUCAGAGGCAGAGAACAACAUCUCAACACCUGUGAGGGACUCCAAGAAAGAUCAAACCACACCAGACAGGAACGCAUAUAUCACAGAUGUGUCCUUGCAGACAUCAGAAGAUCCAACGUAUGAAACUAUCACCCAUCGCUAGGUUUUUAAAGAGCAGAUGUCAUUACAAGGGUUUAAUAUGACGUCGGCCCACCCUUUGCAGCUAUAACAGCUUCAACUCUUCUGGGAAGGCUUUCCACAAGGUUUAGGAGUGUGUUUAUGGGAAUUUUUGACCAUUCUUCCAGAAGCGCAUUUGUGAGGUCAGACACUGAUGUUGGACGAGAAGGCCUGGCUCGCAGUCUUCGCUCUAAUUCAUCCCAAAGGUGCUCUAUCGGGUUGAGGUCAGGACUCUGUGCAGGCCAGUCAAGUUCUUCCACACCAAACUCGCUCAUCCAUGUCUUUAUGGACCUUGCUUUGUGCACUGGUGCGCAGUCAUGUUGGAACAGGAAGGGGCCAUCCCCAAACUGUUCCCACAAAGUUGGGAGCAUGGAAUUGUCCAAAAUCUCUUGGUAUGCUGAAGCAUUCAGAGUUCCUUUCACUGGAACUAAGGGGCCAAGCCCAGCUCCUGAAAAACAACCCCACACCAUAAUCCCCCCUCCACCAAACUUCACAGUUGGCACAAUGCAGUCAGACAAGUACCGUUCUCCUGGCAACCGCCAAACCCAGACUUGUCCAUCAGAUUGCCAGAUGGAGAAGCGUGAUUCGUCACUCCAGAGAACGCAUCUCCACUGCUCUAGAGUCCAGUGGCGGCGUGCUUUACACCACUGCAUCCGACGCUUUGCAUUGCACUUGGUGAUGUAUGGCUUGGAUGCAGCUGCUCAGCCAUGGAAACCCAUUCCAUGAAGCUCUCUACGCACUGUUCUUGAGCUAAUCUGAAGGCCACAUGAACUUUGGAGGUCUGUAGCGAUUGACUGCAGAAAGUUGGCGACCUCUGCGCACUAUGCGCCUCAGCAUCCGCUGACCCCGCUUUGUCAUUUUACGUGGCCUACCACUUCGUGGCUGAGUUGCUGUCAUUCCCAAUUGCUUCCACUUUGCUAUAAUACCACUGACAGUUGACUGUGGAAUAUUUAGGAGCGAGGAAAUUUCACGACUGGACUUGUUGCACAGGUGGCAUCCUAUCACAGUACCACGCUGGAAUUCACUGAGCUCCUGAGAGCGGCCCAUUCUUUCACAAAUGUUUGUAGAAGCAGUCUGCAUGCCUAGGUGCUUCAUUUUAUACACCUGUGGCCAUGGAAGUGAUUGGAACACCUGAAUUCAAUUAUUUGGAUGGGUGAGCGAAUAUUUUUGGCAAUAUAGUGUAUUUAGCAACAAAGCUCUGCUGUAAAAUUUUCUUUUGUUUGUUCGUGUCUCUUACCAGUUCCUCGUUCUUCCGAACUAUUUUGUUUUCUUGUUUUAAAGGUGCUGCAAGUGAUUUUUUCAUGGAAAGGUAUGAAAAAAAAUGUCCUACUCCCUGAAAUAAAUUAAUGAAAUAAGUGUCGUGAGAUAUCUCACCGGUCUACGUGACAGCUAGACUCUGUAAACAAAAAUGGGUCUGCGGUCUCUGACACUUUCGACCUGUCAAUCAUUUUGCGCGUUCUUAUUGUAUUGUAGUAGCUUCAGCAAAUUAUUGAGGCUUAAUGCCAUUUUUAUGCCAUGUUGCUCAUACCAGUUGUCAGUUGAGGGCGCUAUUUUGCUGCUAUUGUAGGCCAAUCUGCAACACGUUUCAUUUUGAUGACUUAUUCUAGCUGAUUAUUAGUUGAAAAUGUGACUGAUCAGUGUGUCUUCGUGCUAUGUGCAAUUAAGACAUACAGUACACGUGAACUAAUUUCUCUUUAUUUUUCUCAUGAACUCUUUGCAACAAAUGGUCAAGCACACUGAUCAAAGUACAGUUCAUUAAAGGAUCUCAACCUGACAAGUUUGACAGAACAAAAUGUAGACCAAAGACAAGUGUUGAGUAGAGGAAGACCGCAGUCCACGUUAGCAACUACGUCAUUGCUGCGUAAAUCCUGUAUGUAAAAAGCAAACAUGCUAAACAUGUGACAAGGGGAGGAAACAACUUCAGAAAAGACAAGUUUUUCAUAAAGACAUUUUUUUUUAUUGCCUUCUCAUGGCCUUUUUGUAGAUUCUGAAUUAGAAAGAAAACUUAAAGGUGAAAACACACCACAGUUACAUCAAUACAUCUCAAAUAAACCAAUACAACUCAGUAAAUUUAGUACUCCACUCCAAAGAGCUGAAGUCUAGAUUAGUGGAUCUCAACUGGUGGGUUAUGACCCUAUAAUGGCUCACAGGUCUGUCCUGAUAGGGUCUUAUGGUUUUGCUUUUUGUCCCCACUUGAGGUCCAUUGGUCCAAUGAGGUCUAAUGUAAAACCUGGGUCCUGAAGUAAAACCAAUUGAGAACCACUGGUCUAGAUAAUACCUCAUGUACAACACUAAUUAUGUUGUAAAAACAUGUUUCAUAUGUCUCUGUGGCAGAGCAUAAACAUUUAAGAUUGUAGAUAUCACAUUGGCAGUAGAGCUCAGCUUGGCUAAAAUCAAGGGGUGUUCAUUAUUAAGACAUCAAGGUGUUUGAUUCUAGUAGAAAACAUGGCUGUGUAUUUCAUGUUCUGGAAUGCUCUGUUAGUCCUAAGAGGAUAUUUUAGUGUGUGUGUUUUCUCGACUGAUGCAGAAUGUGCAGAAAACCAAACAAGCUUCCCUUAUUGCAUGUAAAAUGACCUUUCGCCUAUUGUUCAAAAGACUCACAACUAAGCUGAGGAAGACGCGCUAUUGUUGUUGUUGAUAAAUACUGUGUGCAAAACAUACAAAAGACCAGACAAAAGGUAGGCAGACACUUCUUAAAAACUGCAAUCUAAAAAUGCAAUUUGGCAAUAGACCACAAGAGGACAGUGUACAAAAAUGAAAACCCUGCCUGUUGUUUUUAUAGUUAAUAACUCCACUAGAGCAAGACUUGUAAGACUGUCCAAAUAGUGUCAAUCGUGCCAUUUGGAUGCUGUAAAAUUGUAUUAAAGUUGGAAUAUUGGGUGUCGAUUUUAUAUUUUACCACUGGCAGAGCAGUUGAUUCAGAAAACUUUAUAAAUACACAUAUUUUGGUUUAUCUCACAAGCGUUAAAUAGCAAAUGUAAAUAAACGUGCUUCAGAAAUUUAGUUAAAU